AUGACAAUCAGUAAUAUUCGUGAUCAUCCUUAUCACUUUGAGCAUGCUCUACAGCAAUCCAAUGACUAUAAAUCAGUAUCUGUGCAUCAAAUAGCCGAUAAUUUCACUUGGCUUGUCUUUAUCAAUGCAAAAUGGGUCCCAUUUGCUAGUUUCAACCAGCACAGAUUGGAGCAGACACUUGGUCUGGGCGGUACUUUUGUAGACAUUGAAGAUCGAUUAUUUCCAGGCGUUAAAAGAGUGCGUGUGUUUCCCAAGGCUAAUUAUCUGAGCUAUUUAGGCGUGAAAUAUCGGCUGUCUCGAGUCAUGCAACCUCAUCAAUUGGAAUUUGGAGCUUCAUCUUCUACUACUCAUGUGCAAGGCGAUGAAGAAGAUGAAUCAAAUGACCCAGCCAUGAAUCGAAUACUACAACAUGGUAUCAUUGAGAUGGACAGUAAUCAAUACCAUAUGCCUACCAGAGUGUCGUAA